CACUUUACCCAUUUCAGUAUUAAAUGCUCCCUUGUCGGCAUUGGACAUGUCUUUGGGGAAAUGAAUUCCCGGGAUCGUAAGUUCUGGACAGAAUUCCUUUUGCUCUAUCGAUCACUUCCGGCCGUAUGGCAAACCCGUAGUCCGAAGUACAGUAGUCGCUCGCUGAAGACCGCCGGAUAUGAGAGUCUAGUGGAGAAACUAAGAGAAGUAGAGCCGGAGGCCAAUCGAACGCUGGUUGUUAGGAAAAUCAACUCGUUUCGCACUAAUUUCCGAAGAGAUGUUCGCCGGCGUGACCAAUGUUUGGCUAAAGGACAGCCCUUUAAGUCCACACUCUGGUAUUUUGACAUUUUGGGUUUCCUCGAGGGUCAGGACGAAGAUAAGCGAGGACUCAGAACAGGGGGCUUACACCGGAAGAGGAAUUUUUCACCAACAAUAACAGAGGAUACAGAGAAAACUUUAGAAUCUCCUCAAAAGCAAAGCUACAAAGCCAUCAAGGAGGAGACUCUACUUUCCAACGAUUCUUGCCACUCAAUGGAUAAUGACUUGCCCCUCAUGCCACAAAAUCCUUGCUGCUCUAGGCCCAAUGAAUUUGAGGCCUUGGCUCAGACCUGGAGUAAUCAGUUUCAGGAACUGUCUUAUGGCCAAAGAAUCCUGGCCCGGAAACUGAUUUCCGAUAUUCUCUACCACGGAUGUAUGGAGAGACUUCAGCCAAGUCAUAUAGACCAACUGCACCAUUUAAUAAGCCAGGAAAAUAGGAUAACUACUUCAUUAGAGAACGAAAGUCUUAAAUAAUAAGUAUAAUAAAAAGUACAAAAUAGAAACCACCUUCUUAAAGCUGUCACCUACAGCCUGGGAUUAAUGAUUUAAUUUAAUUCUCAAUUUGGUUCUCGUCCUGCCAUCUCAUUAUCAUAAUAUCUACUUUCAGUCAGUUGUCGCGUGUAAUUGUUUGGAAAACAAAAAUGCUCAACCUUGGCUGGCAUUCCGGCCAAAUUAUUUUAAGCCAAAUCCAUUUUCCAUUGGACUGGCCCGGCCUUGUCUUGCUCCUGCCCGGGCCCGGCUUGUCCGGGAAAUUAGCAAAUAAAUGUGCUCGAAAUUAAAA